CCAAAUGAACAAAAUAAAAAAAAACAGCCUGAACACAUCGUUGUAAAACAAAUGUACGCAGAUGCACAACACUGACUAAAUGUCAGUCAGUUACUGUGUUAAUGUCCAUUAGGUGAUUCGCAUGAUUCAUCCUGAGCGGUGAACAGUGAUGCUGCGGGACAUCUGCUGUCCGCACAGAGCAGCCGCAGCUCAGCAGCGCACCACCGCAUCUAACACCGCAAAUCAAUGAAAACAGGAGCGCAGAAGAGAAAACUGGAGAUCUGAAGAGCUUUUGGAUCCACUUAUCAUCUCUGCAGAUGUCCGGAGGAGAGAUUUUAAAGAGCUUCGACAGAGACCUAUAAGGAGGGAUCUUGGCUCCUGCAGCCAUUUCCCCUGCAGGGCUGAGCUCUUUGGCUGGCUCGCCACUUCCUUUAGCAGAGGGGCUGCUGGCAGAGGCAACACUGAAGCAGGUCAUGAAGCCUCAGGAGGCCGAGCUCGUCACCGAGAUCUCCAAGCUACAAUGCAUGGUGUCGGAGCUGAAGACGGGCUUCACCAGCGCUCUGCUGGAGCUCAGUCAGAUCCAACAUGGAGACACGUACCUGAGGGAGGAGAUGGAGGAGAACCGGAGGAGCUGCCAGAAGAAAGCUCUUCACCUGGAGGCGCUGGUGGAGUCACUGAGGGAGGAACUUGGCGUGAUGCAGUGUCAGAUCCUGCAGCUGUACAGCAACAGACAGAGACCUCUGCAGGAGGGGAAGAGCUCCUCAUCCAAACACACAGAGAGCAGUGAUCCGGCAGACUCGUCCUGUGAGCGGAGACAGUGCGAGUGUUCGUCUGCUCCGCCCGCCUGCCUGUCCAGAGGGAAACUGCUCCUCCACUGUUUCCUGCAGGGCCUCAAGGCAGGACUGAAUGAAGGCACAGAUGCGCGACAUCAGGUGGCGAUGCAGCUUCUCCACUCUGAGUGGGAGUACGUGUCGACUCUAAACCAGCUGUACGAUAAAUACAGAUCGCCACCAGCUCACCUCAUGACAGCAGAGCCAUAUCAGACGUAUCUGAAGUUUGUGGAGCAGCUGCUGCAGCGACAUCUGCUCUUCAGAAACACCCUGCAGGAGCGACUGUCGGCUGAACACUGGAAGUCUCUGGUCGGAGACAUCCUGGUGCAGCUCAUCGGACAGAACGACACAGCCUUCUCUGACAUGUACCUCGGAUACACGACCACCCUGGCGUCGUUCCUCUCGCUGGAGUUCAGCCGACUAAAUCAAGCUGAGAAAAGUCACAAGACGCAGAACGGCCAGAUGGAGAGAGAGGAAAUGAAACUGCUCUCCCUGCUGUUGGCACCUGUGUCUCGCAUACACAGCUACCUGAGCCACAUUCAGAACCUGCUGCAGUGGACGGGUAAAGAGCAUCCUGACUGCAGCCUCCUGCUGGGAACUGAGCGAGCGCUGAGGAGCAUUCUGUCGCGCUGUCACGUGAUCCUGGAGGAAGACGUCCGGUGGGAGGAAGGAGAAGCUUCAGGACAAAGCAGCUGCUCUGAUGCGGUGGCAGGCGGAUCCUCUUCAAACUGUUGCAGGAGGAACCAGCAGGCCAGAGACUGUCAGCAGGAGUCCAGCGCUGCAGCUCAGAGAGACGACCCGCAGGCUGUCGGCCUCACUAACGGAGUGGACGGCUGUCACUCGAUGCGUCUCGAGUGCUGGUCCUGCAGCCCGGUGAGGAGGAAGGACUGUGGAAGAGACCGGACGGUCCAGAACCAGCCGGGCCGAGACUGCGGACACGCCUGCUGCUCCCUCCUCACCCCGGACGCCGCCGCGUGGGGGGAGAACAGCGACUCGGGUCAGGGCACCUUCAGCCAGACCACCGGGAACGCAACCAACGGGCUGGAGCCGCAUCACAACAACCACGAGGACUGCGAGACGGACGCGGACGACACCUCCGCCUUCGACUACUCCUCCGUCACCUCCUGCAGUCCUGACGGGACCCUGCGCAGGGAGGUCAGCAACAGCGAGGAGGACAGUGGGGAGGACAGCCAGGUGCCGGUGCUGCUGAAGCCCUCGUACAGCCAGCAGCAGCAGCAGCAGUCGAGGGAGGCGCCCAGGGAGAGGACUGUGUGUCUGAGGUGGCAGAUCCCCCGGCUGACCCCUCACCCUCCUCUGAGGACCACAGCCGGGCCCUGUGUGGACGGGCCCAAGCCCUGCCUGGUCAGCUCCUACGGGAAGAGGCUGGUCAGCGUCAGGAAGGGGUCGCCGCCUCUACACCCGAAAAGUGCCUUCAGGCCCAUCUGGGACGACCCAUCCAAACAGGCUGAUUCAGCUCCGGAGAAAGACAGCAGACAAGGCUUCAUACCGAUUCAAGCUACCACGAGGCAAAGCUUUCAGAACUUCAACGCGAGCAGAGAAAAUCUGAGACCGGGCCUGCCUCAUCAGAGAGGCAACCACGCAGCGGUCAUGAGCGGCGGAGGAUUGUGGGACGACAGCGAGGACAGCGAGGGACCCUGCAGCACUGUCUGACCCUCCUGCUCUGAAGUUGUGAGGAUACAAUUUCUCAAAAGUGAAAAGUGAAUUCGUGGACCUGAAAACAGGGAUUCCUCUGGAUUUUCUGUUGAAUCUGAACCUUUCACGGACACUGCAGACCUCUCUCUCUUCAGCCGUUUGGUUUUUAAGGAUUUUGAGACGGAUAAAAUCUGAGAAUAUGUUGGAGCUUGUGUGUCAAAAAGACAAAAGAAAAACAGGAUUCUGUUAUUCAACAAAUAGGUCGUACUAAAUACUGAAAUAUACACCUUGAAUAUUUAAUACCAAAUUAUUUUAACUUGAGGUGAGAUGGUGACGUGAUGAUGAAAAGCAGCUAAACGAAGGCGCUAGUUUAAUUUUGCAAAUACCUAAAGGUAAACAUGAAGGAAAGCUUAUGGGGGGAAAACACGUACUUGCUUUUUGGCAGAGACUGAACACUAAAUAAUAACACAACAGUCAUCAUCACUCUUCUCACUGUAAGAGUAAAUUCAGCGAUCACAAAUACUGGAAACAACCAACCUGGCUGUGUAAAACCAGUGUUGUAAAAAGUACCUAAAAGUCACACUUCAGAAAAAUUAAAGAUAUCAUCCUAAAAGAUAAAAGUGAAAGUCACUUGUACUUGACUAAAAGUAUCUGACACGAAAAAGUAAUUUUCUAGCAAUGAAUUAAAUUAAAAGUAAAAGUAAAUUAUACAUACAUUAACGUGCUUUAUGUACUUUAAACUACGGAUCACAUUAUUAUCAGCCUGGCUGAUUAUUUGACUGACAAGAUCUUUUUUUUUUCUUUAUCUGACUGCUGAUGAAAUAAAUAAAUUUUAAAACCCGCUGCUUUGGCUCUGAUGCAGUGGAGGUAACUAAAGUUUCCAGAGAAAUGCAGUGGAGUAAAAAGUAUUUGUCUUCAAAAUGUGGAAGUGUGAAGCAGCAGAAAAUGGAAAUACUCAAGGAAAGUACCUCAAAAUUGCACUUCAGUACAGCACUUACAUUUCAUCACCGCUGUUAAAUAGUCAUAACAUUCCUAUUUCAUUUCUCAGGAUGGUGAAGGCAGGACCCGCCCUUCUCUGCCUCUGAUUGGAUGGUAUUGGCUGCCUUCACUGAGUUAGUUAGGCUGGAAAAAACAGUGUAACAUUAACUAUGUAACUUGUUUAUUACUGAGAUUUAGAGGCGUUACUAGGUGGAUGGACAGAGCGACGCGAGCUGUUCCUCCUGUUUUCAGUCAACGCUAAACUAAGCUAACCGACACUAGUUGCAGCUGCAUAUUUAAAAGACCAGUGUUUAGGAUUUAGUGUCGAUUAUACAAAAAUGGAAACAUAAUUAUUAAUAAUAUUAUAUUCCAAAACAAAGUGCGAUCAGAUGACAAGACAUGUUCCAUAAAGUCAGGUCACUCUUCAUUCUUCAACUUACUUCAAACACGUAAAACAAAAUAAAACAAAACAAAAACAAAAAAACAAGAGGAGAAAUGAGUAGUUCAGUACAAAAUAAGACUGGGUGAUUUAUUAAUCUCAUCAAGACCAUUAAUACAAAGCAGUUAAAAGGCCACAUACCACCAAAUAAACCGACUGCUGGAUCAAGCUGUUACAGUGCCACCGGAGGAAAACCAAUCUCUUAUUUUUUCGGGGUUUUGAAAAAGAAAAAAAAAAACAAAAACAAACAAAGGAAAAAAAGAAUUAGUUUGGCAAAAAUAACCCCACCAAUACUGACUUGGGAAACGGGACAAAAUGGACAGAAUGUGAGCAAAGAUAUCGAUCCUCUGUAACUCAUCUCUGGAGGAGGGCUCGGUCUAUUUUCAGGGCAAAGCGAGGAGAAAAACGGACACGAGUGAUGUUGUGGUCGGACAUCCUCAGGUGUUUUCUGGGGGGGAUAAGAGUGAGGCGGUAGACUCGUGUUAUUUCUGCCCUGAUCCAUGUAGAAAGUGAGUUGAACAGUUGCAUAGGACCAUUGCUUUUUUCUUUUCUUUCUUUUUUUGUUUUUU